GUUCAACACAAUAUUUUUUAAAGACACAACCGGAAGCGGAAGUUUGAGCUGGUGAACACAGCGAUUUUGACAUUGCUAGGCUGCUAAGCAGAGAGUUUCCACCAGUGACAAGUGGAACUGGACUCAGUGGAUUGAGCCGAACUUCGUACCUGUGAUGCCACAGGGUGGGUGGAGCUGGCAGAUGUCGCCAUGCCGUACGUGGACCGACAGAAUCGCAUCUGCGGCUUCCUAGACAUUGAGGAGACGGAGAGCAGCGGCAAGUUCCUGCGCCGCUACUUUAUCCUGAGCACGGAGCACGGCAGCCUGCUGUGGUACAUGGACAACCCACAGAAUCUUCCAGAUGGAGCAGAGAACGUAGGCUCUCUCAACCUCUCCUACAUCUCGAAGGUGAGCGACGCCGCCAAACUGAGGCCAAAGACGGAGUUCUGCUUUGUUAUAAACGCAGGAAUGAGGAAGUUCUACCUGCAGGCCAACGACCAGCAGGACUUGGUGGAAUGGAUCGCUGUUCUCAACAAUGCCACCAAAAUAACUGUGCCAAAGGACAGCAUGGCAUUGUCCGCAGACGCCCAGCAGGACGUCCCGGCAGUCUCCUACAAGACAGAGAUCGUCGGAGGAGUGCCCAUCAUCACGGCCACUCAGGAACUGGGGGAGGGGCAGAAUGGUGCGGAAUGUGGAGCUUUGAGGCGGUGCCACAAUCAGCCACCUUACUUCCUGUCCAGGGAAGUGCAGGACCAGGCCGUCAUCAAGGCGGGGUUCUGUGUCAAACAGGGAGCUGUGAUGAAGACAUGGAAGCGCAGGUACUUCAUCCUGGAUGAAAACGCUCUCAGCUACUUCAAGUCAGACCUGGACAGGGGGGCACUGCGUGUGAUCUGCCUCAAGGACAUCCUCAAAGUUCAGGAGUGCAAACAGAGUGAGCUGAUGAUGAGGGACAACCUGUUUGAGAUGGUCACCAGCUCCAGAACAUUCUACUUGCAGACUGACAGUCCAGAGGACAUGCACAGCUGGAUUAAAGCCAUCUCCGGCGCCAUCGUGGCCCAGCGGGGACCCGGCCGCUCCAUCAACACGGAUCACACUGAGCCGUCACCACCCGCCGCCACCUCGUCGUCCUCCAUCUUCUAUUACCCCAUCAGUGAGGAGCUACAUUACCCACAGGCCUCCUGUGUGCCCAGCCAGCCUGAAUGUGAACUCUCACCAUCACAACUUCCCGGACUUUCUUCAGCCGAGGUCGAGCGGCGACCCGUCGGUGAUGACGUCCCGCCUCUCACUGCAGGAGAUGUACACCGCCAAGCGAUGCCAGACGACGAGUCGUUAUGGAAACGGAGCAAGGAGAAGCUGAGCUCUGCCAUGCCAGCAGACGCAUGACCUUGAGUUGGCCUUGUGAGGAGGAGGAGGAGGAGGAUGAUGGUGACUUCUUGUCUUUUUUUAAUUUAAUUUAAAUUCAUUUUAUAUGUGUAACAACCUUUUCUUACCUUCACUUUGCUCUGCUGACUCCUCCUGAUUUGGACUUUUUGGAUCAUUUAUUAUUAAAACACUCCUUUUAAAGAUGUCACAUUGAGGCGAUGGCUCACUCUGAGUGUGAACGCACAGACAAAACACAGCAGGAUCCUCCAUGCUGGACCACUGAAACCAUAGGACAGCUGCAGGUCCACUCUUGUCUCUUUCUUCUGCUUCUCGUCAGCUGAGUCGCAGGCGCGCACACACACACACACACACACACACACACAGGUGUGACACAGGUUGUCUUGGAAGGGUGUGUUUUGGCUCGAAGGAUGCUUGACGGCACCAUCAUGGGGGCACAACAUUAAAAGUGUGGUGUCUUUGCUGACAUCUGUGGAGCAAUAUCACGAAGUAGACUUCUGUUGGUCUCUGACAGACCACCCCCUGCUGGAAAAUCAAGGAAAUGCAGGUCAUCACUGACUUCACUUUUGCUUUGUUUUUUUAUAACACUUUGAGUCCAAAGCAAAGAUUUGGAAAUUCCGAAUCCUGGACUUUAUGUACGAAGACGGAGGGUCAGAUCACAACCACUGGGGGGCAUAUUGUCGUGGUAUCAAAGUGUUGCUAUGAUAUGCUGUGAUGUGUCCGGUUGUAACUUGAAGGUGUCAUACAAGUGUAGGAAGAAGUUAAGCAAUCUCUUCUCUCCAUGCUGAUGAGACUGAGGUGAGGCCCGACCUCACGGACAUACAUAAUGCAACAAAAAUUUCAAAGUGGUCCCCCACAUUCUUCAGUUUCUAUGAUGUAAAAGACAAGGGUAUGGACACCCUGUCAUGCGCUUUUUUCUUUAAAUGUAUUGAAUUUAACAUUACGUUGUAAGCAGGUAUUAAUUUGUUACAUACUGUAAAGCCAUUUUAUCACUUGUAGUACUUUUAACAGAUAUUGUCACUAUUGGAAAAUUAAAUCUUGCACCAAAAGUUAUUUUUGUACGUCUAAUUAAGAAGGGUUAGGGUUUGUUUGUUUUUGUUACCUUUAUGAGGCCAUGUGUCAGCUAUAGAGGGAUAAAUGCAGACCUCUUGUGGACAUGGACGGUACUACACUUGCAGCCUCAAAAACCCAAGUCUUGACUUGUUUUUUUUGUUCAGUGUUCUCGCCCAAAAUCAGCUGGGAAGGCCCCAGGUUACCCCUGACCCUAAUGAGUCUUUGAGUGGUUAAAAGUGCCUUCUCUCAGCUGUGACAAAGCAGCUAGACCAAGUGAUACAUUCAUUCAUUGAUGGUAACCUGCCUGGGCUAUAAUGUAACUCUUUCUCCUUCAGCCUUGAACGUUCCUUUGAGAUGCUACCAGGGAUCAGCCCCCGUGAGAAUCUAAGUCUGACAAAACGACCGAAUUAGACACAAAGUACAUAAAUGCAGUU